AGCUGUCUCAGUCCUUCGUGCUUGGCUCUUCGAACACUUUCUUCACCCAUACCCUAAGGAUUCGGACAAGCACAUGCUUGCCAAGCAAACAGGACUCACUCGGAGCCAGGUAUCUAACUGGUUUAUAAACGCGAGAGUUCGGUUAUGGAAACCUAUGGUGGAAGAAAUGUAUAUGGAAGAAAUGAAGGAGCAGGGAAAGAACAUGGGAUCCAUGGAGAAGAAUCCUUUGGAUCAAAGCAACGAAGAUUCUGCUUCUAAGUCAACAAGUAACCAAGAGAAGAGCCCCAUGGCCGACACUUACCAUAUGAAUCCCAAUCACAACGGUGACCUAGAAGGCGUCACUGGAAUGCAAGGAAGCCCAAAGAGACUAAGAACCAGCGAGGAGACAAUGAUGCAGCCCAUAAAUGCGGAUUUCAGUUCCAACGAGAAGCUCACGAUGAAAAUUCUAGAAGAACGGCAAGGGAUAAGAUCAGACGGUGGCUACCCUUUCAUGGGGAAUUUCGGGCAGUACCAAAUGGAUGAGAUGUCAAGAUUUGAUGUAGUCUCAGACCAGGAGCUCAUGGCGCAAAGGUACUCAGGAAAUAACAAUGGCGUGUCCCUUACGUUAGGGCUACCUCAUUGUGAUAGCUUGUCGUCCACGCAUCAUCAGGGAUUCAUGCAGACCCACCAUGGGAAUCCUAUAGGGAGAAGAGUGAAAAUAGGAGAAACAGAGGAAUAUGGAGCCGCCGCCAUNAACGGUGGCGGAUCAGCUACAACUGCACAUUCAUCAGCCGCAGCAGCCGCUGCUUACAAUGGGAUGAACAUACAGAACCAGAAGAGAUAUGUUGCUCAGUUAUUGCCCGACUUCGUUGCGUAAACCCUACUAUCUCUAAACGGAGAAACCGAUGCAGGUUACUAUACGUUUCUAGUUUUUAAUUAGUAUAUAGUUUUUCUUAUACCAUUGAACCAAAACAAAGAACAAAAUUUAAUUUUAGUCUUUGGUUAUAUAUGGCCGACGGUUGUAUAUCGAUUUUGUAAUUUCUUUUUUUUUUUCGUUUUUAUUGGGGGAUGGAUAGGGUUACAUAUGUAUAUGGUUUAGUUACGUGUAAUAGCUUGCUUUUGGGUGUAUACCAAAUUAUAUUUUACUUUUAUUUCUAUGUAAUAAUAAGAUAGUGAACUGAUCUAUCAAAUAUUUUA